AUCCAGUCUCAUCAACCAAACCAUUCCUAUUACAACAAGAUCUUAUUAUUGGAACCAACGAUGUCUGGGCGUGGAAAAGGCGGGAAAGGGCUAGGAAAGGGGGGAGCAAAGCGUCACAGGAAAGUUCUACGUGAUAAUAUUCAGGGUAUCACUAAACCGGCUAUCAGGAGGCUCGCUAGAAGAGGUGGAGUGAAGAGGAUCAGUGGUCUGAUAUACGAAGAGACACGUGGGGUUUUGAAGAUAUUUUUGGAGAAUGUGAUCCGUGACGCUGUUACCUACACGGAGCACGCUCGCCGGAAAACAGUGACGGCGAUGGAUGUUGUCUAUGCUUUGAAGAGGCAAGGUAGAACUUUGUAUGGAUUCGGAGGUUAAUAAACUGGUAGUGAGUAUUGCUGUUAAAUCACUGUAAUCAACAUGAUAAAGGUUGAACUUAUUGUUGUGGAAUGAAAGUGAAUUGUUCACAUGUUUACGGUUUUUA